CCGGCGACGACGACGAUGGCGGUGACCACGGCCCAGCUGCCGCAACCGCGCGCCCUGGCGGCCCUCCUCGUCCUGGUGCUGAUCACGCUGGGCGGCGCGGCCGAGGCACAGCCGCCGCUCGGCACCUGCGGCGCGCAGCUGAGCCAGCUGGCCCCGUGCGCGCGCUACAGCGUGCCGCCGCUGCCGGGGCAGGCGCUCCCGGCGCCCGGGCCGGAGUGCUGCUCCGCGCUGGGGUCCGUGUCCCGCGACUGCGCCUGCGGCGCCAUCGACAUCAUCAACAGCCUCCCCGCCAAGUGCGGCCUCCCGCGCGUCUCCUGCCAGUGAUCGCUCGCUACCUGGCUCCAUGCAAGAAGAGGAAGAACUGAAGAAGACGAUGAUGAAUAAGAAGCUCGAUGGCCAGAGCAACCAUCUUUAGUAGUAGUAGCAGUGCCUAGUAGCUGUCCGGUUCGUCUAGAUCUAUCUCCCGUGAUCAUUACAGGCUCUCGUGUCCGUUGUUGGCCUCUGUUGAAGGUCAGAUUAAUAAUAAUGGAACCAAUUUGCACCGGC